AUGGCUAACUGUGGACCUUCCUGCGCCGUCCCAUCUUGCGCUUCCACCCCAGUCGUUGGUUUUGGAUCAGCCGGUGGUCUUGGCGGUGGCCUUGGUGGUGGAUUUGGCGGUGGAUUUGGCUAUGGUUCUGGCUAUGGCUAUGGCUCCGGUGCCCUGGUUGGAUCCGGCGUCCCUUCUGCCAGUCUUGGUAUUCUUUCUGGAGUCCAGCCUUCAUGCGUCAACCAGAUCCCACCAGCAGAGGUCGUCAUCCAGCCACCUGCCUCCAUCGUGACCAUCCCAGGACCCAUCCUCUCUGCCAGUUGUGAGCCUGUGGCUGUCGGAGGCAACACCCCAUGUGCUGCUGGUGGUUAUGGAUCCGGAUUUGGCAGCGGAUUUGGCGGUGGAUAUGGCAGAGGGCUCUAUGGUGGUGCAGGUCUUCUGGGGUCUAGCUCUGGUGGUUUGGGGGGCCGUGGCCGUUAUGGGUUUGUGGGGCGUAGAGGCAGCAUCUGCUAUACCCCCUGCUAA